GUCGUCAGCAUGAGCUCCAGCGAGGAAGCUGGGCCGAGAAGCCCAGGGAGGGACUCGGAGCUCCAGGUGGGAGCAGCAGGGAUGCGCUGGGUCGGGAUAAAGCAGCUCCUGGGCCGAAAGGCCCUGCAACAGGUUACCACCAAAGAACAUGAUUUUGGUCUAGGGGCUCCAUUUUCUGAAGCUGAAAAAUACCAGAAUACUCUCCAGCUAGAGCAAGAAGUGAGAAAUCAAGACAAAUUCAUCUCUGCACUGAAAUUACAGGUUGAAGAUCUCAAACAGACAAAUCAUGGCUUGGAAGAAUAUGUUAGGAAACUCUUGGAUAGUAAGGAGGUGGUAAGCAGUCAAAUAGACGAUUUAACCAGCCACAAUGAGCAUCUUUGUAAAGAAUUGAUUAAAAUUGACCAACUAGCAGAGCAACUAGAAAAAGAAAAAAAUUUUGUGGUGGAUACCGCUGACAAAGAACUUGAAGAAGCAAAGAUUGAACUCAUUUGCCAGCAAAAUAAUAUAAUAGUAUUGGAAGAUACAAUAAAAAGGCUUAGAUCUAUAAUUUUAGAGACAGAAAAAGCACAAAAUAAAUCUCCUUCUAGACUUGAUUCCUUUGUCAAGACUUUAGAAGCAGACAGAGAUUAUUACAAGAGUGAAGCUCAAAAUUUGAGAAAGAUGAUCAGAAGUAGAUCUAAAAGUCCAAGACGCCCGUCUCCAUCUUCUCGGGGUACAAACUGUGAUGUAGAGCUUUUGAAGACAACAAGAGAUCGUGAAGAACUUAAAUGCAUGCUGGAAAAAUAUGAGCGUCAUUUGGCAGAAAUUCAGGGUAAUGUCAAGGUUCUUACAUCUGAGAGAGACAAGACCUUUCUUCUUUAUGAACAGGCACAGGAAGAAAUUGCCCGACUUCGACGAGAAAUGAUGAAAAACUGUAAGUCUCCUAAAUCAACAACAGCACAUGCCAUCCUCCGACGGGUGGAGACUGAAAGAGAUGUGGCCUUCACUGAUUUACGGAGAAUGACCACAGAACGAGAUAGCCUGAGGGAAAGGCUAAAGAUUGCCCAAGAGACAGCAUUUAAUGAGAAGGCUCACUUGGAACAAAGGAUAGAGGAGCUGGAGUGUACAGUUCAUAACCUUGAUGAUGAACGUAUGGAGCAAAUGUCAAACAUGACUUUGAUGAAGGAAACCAUAACCACUGUGGAAAAAGAAAUGAAAUCACUAGCAAGGAAGGCAAUGGAUACAGAAAGUGAACUUGGAAGACAAAAGGCAGAGAAUAAUUCUUUGAGACUUUUAUAUGAAAACACAGAAAAAGAUCUUUCUGAUACUCAGCGACAUCUUGCUAAGAAAAAAUAUGAACUACAGCUUACUCAGGAGAAAAUUAUGUGCUUGGAUGAAAAAAUUGAUAAUUUUACCAGGCAAAGUAUUGCCCAGAGAGAAGAAAUCAGCAUUCUUGGUGCAACCCUCAACGAUCUGGCUAAAGAAAAGGAAUGCCUACAAGCAUGUUUGGAUAAAAAAUCUGAGAACAUUGCAUCCCUUGGAGAGAGUUUGGCAAUGAAAGAAAAGACCAUUUCAGGCAUGAAGAAUAUCAUUGCUGAGAUGGAACAGGCAUCAAGACAGUCUACUGAAGCCCUAAUUAUGUGUGAACAAGACAUUUCCAGAAUGCGUCGGCAAUUGGAUGAAACAAAUGAUGAGCUGGCUCAGAUUGCCAGGGAAAGAGAUAUCUUGGCUCAUGAGAAUGAUACUGUCCAAGAACAAUUUUCUAAAGCCAAACAAGAAAACCAGGCCCUGUCUAAAAAAUUGAAUGAUACACAUAAUGAACUUAACGACAUAAAACAGAAGGUCCAAGAUACUAAUUUGGAGGUUAACAAGCUGAAGAGUAUAUUAAAGUCUGAAGAAUCUGAGAACCGGCAAAUUAUGGACCAACUCCGAAAAGCCAAUGAAGAUGCUGAAAACUGGGAAAAUAAGGCCCGUCAAGCAGAGGCAGAUAACAAUACCCUCAAAUUAGAACUUAUUACUGCUGAGGCAGAAGGUAACAGAUUAAAAGAAAAAGUAGAUUCUCUCAACAGAGAGGUCGAGCAGCACUUAAAUGCAGAAAGGUCUUACAAGUCCCAGAUUUCUACCUUACACAAGUCUGUUGUAAAGAUGGAAGAGGAACUUCAGAAGGUUCAGUUUGAAAAAGUGUCUGCCCUUGCAGAUUUAUCUUCCACAAGGGAACUUUGUAUUAAACUUGACUCAAGCAAAGAACUUCUUAAUCGACAGCUGGUUGCUAAAGAUCAAGAAAUAGAAAUGAUGGAGAAUGAGUUAGAUUCUGCUCGCUCUGAAAUAGAACUCCUCAGGAGUCAGAUGACAAAUGAGAGAAUCUCUAUGCAGAAUCUAGAAGCUUUGCUGGUGGCCAAUCGAGACAAAGAAUAUCAGUCUCAGAUAGCGCUUCAAGAAAAAGAAUCUGAAAUUCAGCUUCUCAAAGAACACCUUUGUUUGGCAGAAAGUAAAAUGGCCAUCCAGAGUAGAGAUGUGGCCCAGUUCAGAAAUGUUGUAACACAAUUGGAAGCUGAUUUAGACAUUACCAAACGACAACUAGGGACAGAGCGCUUUGAAAGGGAGAGGGCCGUGCAGGAACUUCGCCGCCAGAAUUACUCAAGUAAUGCUUAUCAUUUGAAUACUACCAUGAAGCCAAAUACAAAAUGUCAUUCACCAGAACGUGCUCACCAUCGAUCUCCUGACCGAGGCCUAGAUCGAUCGUUAGAAGAGAAUCUUUGCUAUAGAGAUUUCUGACAUGCGAAAAGAUUCUUCACAUCCUUGGGAAAGAAAUGGAAAAGCCAAUCCUAAAAUUUAUAUGGAAUUGCAAGGGACUCAGAAUAGCCUAAAUAAUCUUGAAACAGAAGAACAAAGUUGGAGGAUACACAUUUUCUGGUUACAAAAAGUUACUACAAAGCUGCAGUAGUCAAAAUAGUGUAGUACCAGCAUAAGGAUAGACAUAUGGAUGAAUGGAAUAGAAUUGAAAGUCCAGAAAUAAACCCAUACAUUGAUGUUUGACGAAGGUGCCAAGACCAUUCAAUGGAGAAAGAACAGUCUCUUCAGUAGUAAUGUUGGGACAACUGGAUAACCACAGGCAAAAGAAUGAAGUUAGACCCUUACACACCACAUGCAAAAAUCAACUCAAAAUGGAUUAUAUAUCUAAAUCCAAGUGCUAAAACUAUAAAACUCUUUGAGGAAAACAUAGAGGCAAAUCUUCACAAACUUGGAAUUUGCAAUGGUUUUUCACAUAUGACUUAAAUGACAAGCAACAACAUGAAUAGAUAAAUUGGACUUCAUCAGAAUUAAAAAUAUUUGUGCAUCAAAAGACACUAUCAAGAAAGUGAAAGAGCGCACCUGGGUGGCUCAGUAGGUUAAGCAUCCGACUUUGGCUCAGGUCAUGAUCUCACUGUUUGUGUAUUCAAGUCCCGUGUCAGGCUCUGUGUUGACAACUCAGAGCUUGGAGCCUGCUUCAGAUUCUGUGUCUCCCUCUCUCUCUGCCCCUCCCUGGCUAGUGCUCUCUUUCUCUCUCUCUCUGUCUCUGUCUCUAAAAAGUAAAUAAACAUUAAAAAAAAAAAAAAGAAAGUGAAAGAUAACCCAAAUAAUAGGAAAAAAUAUUUGCAAAUCAUGUAUCUGAUAAGGGUGUUAGUAUCCAGAAAAAUAAACAUUUUUUACAACCUAACAACAAAAAAAACUCAAUUUAAAAAUGGGCAAAGGACUUGAAUAGGCAUUUCUCCAAAGAAGGUAAAGUCAAUAUGUAGAUGAAAAAAGAUACUCAACCUCAUUAGUAAUUAGGAAAAUGGAAAUUAAAACUACAAAACAAAUCACUUCACAUGCACUAUGAUGGCUAUAUAGAAAAGAUAGACAAUAACCAAUAUCAGUUAGAAUGUGGAGAAAUUGAAACUCAUUGCUGGUGGAAAUAUAAAGUGGUACAGCCACUGUGGAAAACAGUUUGGCAGUUCCUCAAUAAAUUCAACAUAGAACUACCAUAUGACCGAGCAAUUCAACUCCUAGGUAUGUAUCCAAAGAAUUAAAAAAGUAUUCAAACAAAAAUUUGUGCAUGAAUAUUCAUAGCAGCUCUAAUUCACAAUUAGCAAAAGAUGGAAACAACCCAAAUGUCCAACUGAUGAAUGAAUAAACAGAAUGUGAUGUAUCCCUACAAUAGAAUAUUACUCAGCCAUAAAUAUGAAUGAAUUACUCAUACAUGGUACAACAUGGAUAGCCCUUGAAAACUAAGUAAAAGAAUCCAGACAUAAAACUACAUAUUUUAAGAUUUCAUUCAUAUGAAAUAUCCACAAUAGGCAAAUCCAGAGAGACAGCAGAUUAGUGACUGUCAAAGGACAAUGGGGAAGGACUGCUUUGUGGGUACAGGGUUUCUGUUUAAGGUGAUAAACAAGUUUUAGAACAGAUAAUGGUAAUGGUUGUACAACAUUGUAAAUGUACUUAAUGCCACUGAAUUGUACAAUUUUAAAUGGUUAAAAUGGUAAAUAUUAAAUGUAUUUACCACAAUAAAAAAGUCAUUUCCUCAAGGUUUCUCUGACUCCUAACAUUGGUCUAACUGGCUCAGAUUCUCCUGUAAAAACAUCCAACAUUUCUCCUUUUCUCCUUUAACUGUCCUCUAAAGGACAGUUGUAAUUAAUUGUAUAAUUAUUUGUCUAUUAUCUGUCUUUCCUUCUGUACUAUAAGAUACAUCAAGGCAAGGGAUGGUAUCUACCUUCACCACUAUAUCUGCUAGGGUGUAGCACAAUGUUUGACAUAUACUAGGUAUUCUGUAAAUUCUUCUGGAACAAAUAAAGGAAUGAAUUAUCCUCAAUUCCUAGCAAGUCUGUCUCCUAAAUAUCUAUGGAAUAAAUCUACUUUUCUCUCUUCUCACUGUAAUUCAGACCACAAUAAACUCUAAGUCUAGAAUAAUGGAACAGCUUCCUAUUUAAUCUCUCUUGUUUCAGUCAUACUUCCAUUUAAUCCAUUCUCCACACUGUCAUCAAAGAAAUAGUUUUAAAACACAAAUACAAUCACAUUCCUCUCCACACAUAUACCCAAUGAGUAUCAGAUUUGCCUUUAGACUAAAGUCCAAGCUCUUUAACAUUGCCUUCAUAGGUCUCUCUGAUUUGGUUUUUCUUUUUUUAAUCUCUUGAAUGUCAUAUCUCACUCUUCCUACCCUACACUGAUAUAUUACUCUGAAUUACUUUCAGCACUUGGAACUGUUUAUGCUUUUUUAUCUCUUGACCUUUGCACAUGCUCUUUCCUCUGCCUGGAUUGCUCAUUUUCUUUCUCUCCCAUUUCCCCCCUCAGCCUGGAAAAUUCUUGUUUGGCUUAACAUUGUAUCCACAGCACCUAUCAUAGUGCCUGGCACAUAAUAUGUGCUUAUCAAAUAGUUGCUUUAAAAAAUGAAAGUCUAACUGGAUUUCUUGUCUAACUUCUAUUUGUUAUUAAUUUUACUUAUCCUUUGUGCUCCAUUGCAUUCUUAUUGUGUGGUCUUCUUUGUAUGUUAUACCUGCUAAGACUGUGAGCUCCAUGAAGGCAAGGAGAAUAGUCUGAUUUAUUUAUCAUGGUACAGACUAUGCUAGACUUAUGGUGGCUUCCAGCUAAUAUAUAUUUCACUGAAAGAAUAUAGAGUAUAGGUAGUUAAGAUCAUAGGUUCUAGAGCCGCACUGCUUGACUUUACAUCAUGUCUCCACUUACUAGCUGUGUACUUGGGUAAGUUAAACUUAAGCUCUCUAAACUUUAUUUCCCUUAUUUGUAAAAGAUAUGUUUAUAAUAGUACCCAACUUAAGAUAGUUAUCAUGUGGAUUAACUGAGAUAAUAAUAUAUCUCGAGUCUUAAUAUGUCUCAGUAUAAUGUCAGACAAUAUAGUAGGUGGUCAGUAGUUGUUUUUAUUAUUUGUUGAAUUAAUAAAGAAAUCUAUAGGUUUGAGACUCAAGAGAGAAAACUUGGCUGGAGGAAAAGAUUUGGUAGUUCUCAGCAGGUAUGCAAUAUGAGAUCAAACAAAUGAAAAACAAGGUAGGGGAAACAAAAAGUAGUUCAGGAAGAGAAAGAUUAACUAUAGCUUACCAGAUGGCUUAGUUGUAAAUACUACUUCACAGUCAUAACAAUGUGAGCACUGAAUAUAAAUCUCAGAAAAAUUAUAAAAUUAAUUAAUGAGAGGAUGAAGGAAUGGGAAAGAAGCAACGUGUGAUAAAAGGCUGAGAAGGAACUAAAGCUACAUUUUCUUCUUUCAUAGUGAUAAGUCAAUAGAUAUGCCUAAAACUGAAAAAUCAAGAAAUAGCAAUAUAAGUAUGUUAUUUAAUGAUGAGGAUACCUAAACAAUCAGCUAAAGAGGUAAAAAUGAUUGUUUUUUGGAGGGAGAAAUGUAGAGGUGAGAAUGAGGCUGGCUGAAGACUUAAUAACCUUGAAGAACUGUUUGAAUCUUUUAUAAUAUUGAUUAAAAUCAAAACAAAAAUGCAUAAAGAUGAACUUUUUCUAUUCUUUUGGUUUAUAAGAGAAGAUGAAAGAUGGGUCAAUAGUUAGAAGGCUUUUGAAGUCUUCUCUAACCCCAUCAGCUCUCAAUUAUUUUACCCUUCUCUGACAUCCUACUAAAAUGCUUACCUUUUUAGGCAUGUAUCAUGUAAUGCCUUGUAUUACACAUAUUUGUGUUCAUGUACUCGUUUUCUAACAGACUUUGGAUAUUUUGAGGUGAAAGAAUAUAUUUUUACCCAAUUAUAUCUUUAUCCCCAGACUUCUCCUUCAUACAUACAUGACAGGUAGUCUUUAUAUGUAUGUUGAAUGGAUGAAAGUAUAUUUAACUGUGUCCCCACUUUAUGUGUUUUUGCUUUGUUUCAUCAGAUAUAUUUGGACUCAGUUUUUAAGCUUUUUUCAUCUCUCACCAUACUGAAAAUGUAAGUGGUUAUUUAUGAAUGCUAAGAUGAUUAAAAGAUCUCUAAAUUUUGAACAAGAUAACUGAAUUUAUUAGCAUACUAAAACUAGUUUUCCAAAACAACCUACAUUAUUCUAAUGUUCUAGAGAAAUAAAGUACAUUUAUAUCUUUUAUAGCUUUACAGCACUCUAUUUCAUUAUCUUCAUGUACUUCAUAAAUGUUCUUUCCCUUACUUGUACACAUUGGGGCCUAUUUAUGGUGUUCUCUGGUAAUGAGAAUAUAUACAUUUUGUUCCUGUCCCUCAAAACAUUUCCUUUGAGUCAAAACUCCAGUUCUUCCCUCUGUCUUCCUUUUAAUGGCUUUAUUGAGAUAUAAUUCACAUGCCUAUAAUUCACCUAUUUAAAGUAUUUAACUCAAUGGUUUUUAGUAUAUUCACAGUUGUGCAACCAUCACCACAGUCUAAUUUUAAUUUUUUUUAACGUUUAUUUAUUUUUGAGACAGACAGAGACAGAGCAUGAACAGGGGAGGGUCAGAGAGAGAGGGAGACACAGAAUCUGAAACAGGCUCCAGGCUCUGAGCGGUCAGCACAGAGCCCUACGCGGGGCUUGAACUCACGGACCGUGAGAUCAUGACCUGAGCCGAAGUCGGACGCUUAACCGACCAAGCCACCCAGGCGCCCCCACCACAGUCUAAUUUUAGAACAUUUUUGUCAUUCCAAAAGAAAAAACAUACCCAUUAGCCACUCACCCUCCAUUCCCCUCUACACACUCAACCCCUUACCUUAGGCAACCACUAAUCAUAUUCUGUUUCUCUUCUUUGCCUAUUCUGGCCAUUUCACAUAAAAGGAACCAUACAACAUGUGGUCUUUUGUGACUGGCUUCUUUAAUGUAACAUAAUGUUUUCAAGGGGUUUCUAUUUUAUAACAGGUAUUGGUACUUCAUUUUAUAGCUAAAUUACAUUGCAUUAUAUGGAUAUACUGCAUCUUAUUUAUCCAUUUAGAGGCUGAUGAGCAUUUGGAUUCUUUCCACCUUUUGGCUAUUAUGAAUAACCAUUUACAUACAAGUCUUUGUAUGGAUAUAUCUUUUCUAAAUGUACCUAGGAGUGAAUUUCCUGGGUCAUAUAGUAAUAUUUUUAGGAACUUCCAGUGUGUUUUCCAAACAGCAAAUUGACUUGCAUUCCUUGUUGAAAAUAAGCUGGCCAUAAAUAUGAGUAUUUUUGGACUCUCAGUUCUGUUCUAUUGACCUACGUGUCUCUGUUUACGCCAGUACCAGUCUGUCUUGAUUACUACAACUUCGUAGUAAAUUUUGAAACCAGGAAGUAUGGUUUCCUUCAACUUUGUUUUUAUUUUUCAAUAUAAAUAAUAAAACAUUUAGCUACUCUGAGUGGCUUGCAUUUCUGUAUGAAUUUAGGAUCCAUUUGUCAACGUCUACAAAAAGGCAGCUGGUUUUGAUCGGAAGUGCACUGAAUCUAUUCAGACUAAUUCAGGGAAUAUAGCCUUCCUAACAAUAUUGAGUCUUCUGACCCAUGAAUGUGUGAUAUGGGAUAUGUUUUCAUUUAUUUAGGUCUUUUUUUAUUUCUUUAGAUAAUGUUUUAUAGUUUUCAUUGCAUCUCUUUUGAUAAAUUUAUUUCAAAGUGUUUUAUUCUUUUAUAUGCUAUUGUUCAGUUAUUUUUAAAUCUUAUUUUCAUAUUAUUUAUUGCUAUUCUAUAGAAAUAUAACUGAUAUUUAUAUAAUGAUCUUAAAUCCUGCAACCUUGCUGAACUUUUGAUCUAAUAUGUUUUUAGUGCACUCCUUAGGACUUUCUGGAUAUAAUAUCAUGUCAUCUGCAAAUAGAGUUUUACUUCUUCCUUUUCAAUAUGGAAGUUUUUUGUUUGUUUGUUUUAUUUGUUUUGUUUUUUUUGUUAGUCUGUUUCCCUGGUUAGAAUCUUCAGUAAAAUGUUGAAUACAAGUGAUGAGAGAAGAUAUCCUUGUUUUGUUCCGGAUUUAAGAGUAACAGUAUGUAGUCACAGUAAGUGUUGUUAGCUGUGGGUUUGUCAUAAGUGCCCUUUGUCACAUUGAGGAAGUUCCCUUUUAUUCCUAUUUUGCUCCUUUUUUUUUUCAUGAAAAAGUGUCCUUUUACUUUUACUUUCAUUCUAUCUUUGAAUCUAAAAUGUAUAUUUUGUAGACAACAUAUAGUUGGAUCUUGUUUCCACCCCCCCACCCCCUGGCCUGGUCUAUCACUGCCUUUUGAUUAGAUUGUUUAACAUUCACAUUUAAUGUUAUUAUUGGUAUGGUUAGAUUUACCUCUACUGCUUAACAUUUUGUUUUCUAUAUAUCUCAUGUCUUCUUUUUCUGUUGCCAUUUUAGUGUCUUCUUUUGUAUUAAGUGAAUAUUUUCUAAUAUAACAUUUUAAUUGAUGUAGUGACUUUUUAGCCCUAAUUUUGAGUUAUUUCCUUAGUGAUUGUUCUAUACAUUAUAAUGUAGAUCUUAACUUAUUGGAAACUACUUCAUAUUUUUAUUAACUUAAUUACAAUGAUAUAUGAAAAUGUUACUCCUAUAUAGCUCUAUUCUCUCCCUUUUUGUCUGUAUGUGUGUAUAUAAAUAAGUAUAAGAUAUAUAUUUUAUUUAUUUAUAAAAUGCAAUAUUACACUGUUAUAGGUACUUCAUGUAAUUUUAUAGUUUUUAAAAAGCUUAGAGAAGAAAAGAGAGAAUAAGUAUACAGAGAGAGUUAAAAAAUAUAUUUGCCUUCUUAUUUGCCAUUUUUAGUUCUUCAUUUCUUCUUGUGAAUUCAAAUUACCAAACUGGUUUUAUUUCCUUAUGCCAAUAUAGUUCUGUUACCACAAAUCCCCCUUGUGAUGUUGCUGUCAAAUGAAUUACAUUUCUAUAUAGGCCCAUUAGUAUAAUUAUAUACAUAUUGUUUUAUAUAAUUGUUCAUAAAAAUUAUUUAUUUUUAAAAUUGUGAUAAAAUACAGAUAACAAUAUUUAAUGUCUUACCCAUUUUAAAUGUACAGUUCAGUGGUAUUAAAUACUUUCAUAUUGUUGUGCAGCCAUAACUAUCAUCUUCAGAACUCUUCAUUUUGUAAAACUGAAACUCUGUGCACAUUAAACAAUAAUUCUCCAUUCCCCCUUUCUCCAGCCCUUGAUGACUACCAUUAAACUUUUUGUCUCUCUGAAUUUGAUUACCCUAGAUACUUUUUAUAAGCUGAAUUAUGCAAUAUUCGUCCCUUUGUACCUGGCUUAUUUACUUAGCAUAAUGUCCUGAAGAUUCAUCUAUGUUGUAGUCUGUGUCAGAAUUUUCUUCUUUUUAAGGUUGGAUAAUAGUCCAUUGUAUGUAUAUACCAAAUUUUGUUUAUCCAUUUAUCCAUUGAUGGAUGUUUGCAUUGCUUCUGUCUUUCGGCUGUUGGGAAUAAUGCUGCUAUGAACAUGUGUGUACAAAUAUCUCUUUGAAACCCUCCUUUCAAGUCUUUUGUGAACAUACAUAAAAGUGGAAUUACUAGAUCAUAUGAUAUUCUACUUUCAAUUUAUUGAGGAGCUGCCAUAAUGCUUUCUCUAGCUGCUGAACUAUCUUAUAUUCCCCCCCAAAGCAAAAGGUUCCAAUUUCUUUAUGUCCUUACCAACACUUGUUAUAUUCUGGGGUUAACUGGAAUGUCUUUAUUUCACUUCUAUUUCUGAGAGAUAGUUUUGCUGGAUAUAGAAAUCUUGAAUGACAAGUUAUUUUGCCUGGCAUUUUGCAUGUCAUCCUACUGCUUUCUGGCCUGUAUUGUUUCUCAUGAUAAAUCAGCUGUCAGUCUUUUGGAAUUCUCUUAGAAUAGUUGAGAAGUCAGCUGUUAAUCUUAUUAAGGUACAUACUGAGUGGUUUUUCUCUUGCUCCUUUCAAAUUUUUUGUUUUGUUUUGUUUUUAGUUUCAACAUCUUGAGUAUGAUAUGUCUGGGUAUUGAUAUUUUUGUGUUUAUCCUACUUGCAGUUUGUUGUGCUUGUUAGAUGUGUAGGUUAAUGUUAUGUCAAAUUUGUGACUUUUCAGCCAUUAUUUCUGGAGGUAUAUUUCCUGCUUCUUUCUCUCCUGUUCUCUGUAUUCCCAGUACAUGUAUAUUACUGAGUUUAAUAGUGUCUUACAUUUCUCUGAGGCUCUGUUCAUUUUUCUUCAUUUUUUUUUCUUUUUGGCCUUCAGAUUGCAUAUCCAAAUUCAUGGAUGAUAGUUUGUAAUUUCUUUGGAAUGUGGUUAGAGAGUGCAUCUUUAUUACUUUUAGUUGAGGUGGGCAGAUAUUUCAUUUUGGUUUUGAUUUGCAUUCCCUCAUGAUUAGUGAUGUUGAGCACCUUUUUAUGCAGCUAUUGGCCAUGUGUAUGCCUUCUUUGGUAAAAUAUCUAUUCAGAUCCUCUGCCCAUAUUGUAUUUGGGCAGGUUGCCUUUUUCCAUUUGGUAGGUUGCCUUUUUAUUCUGUUAAAGGUUUCCUUUUCUGUGCAGAAGCUUUUUGUGUUUUAAAUUUUUGUUGCUAUACAUAGAGUAAAUUUUAUAGCUUAUAUCUGUACAUUUAGUAAAAUGAAGACCAAAUUUCAUAAACAAGAAAAAGUGAAAUUUAUAAAUAUCUCAUUUUUGUCCCUCAGGAAAUUAAGAAUUAUUAUUUUAUGUUUAUUUCACUUUUUGAGGUAAUGUUAAUUAUGUGUAUUGUAACACUGAGAUGGUAUCUAUUUAGGUAUGACAAAUAUGGUGUCCUGUUUUAAUGAUUUAAGGAAAAAAAUCCAUCUUCUGGUUGCUACCUACUUAAAUGUAUUUUGUUGAGCUAUAUUUAAACCAGUUUUAUCUCAGUAUAAUACACACACUAUAGUAAUUAUUAAUGCAUUUGCAUCAUCCCUUAGGCUAUAGCAUCCUACAUAAUAGAGAUACUAUUUUGCAGUAUUCUGAAACAAAAGUCUACCAACACUUCAAUGUGAUAGAGAUGUCUCCUGGGGUGCCUGGGUGGCUCAGUCGUUGUGUAUCUGACUUUGGCUCAGGUCAUGAUCUCACUGCUCAUGAAUUCAGGCCCUGCAUCGGGCUCUGUGCUGACAGUUCAGAGCCUGGAGCUUCCUUUGGAUUCCAUGUCUCUGUCUCUCUCUGUCCCUUCCCUGCUCAUGCUUGCUUGCUCCUUCUCUCUCUCUCUCUCUGUCUCAAAAAUAAACAUUAAAAAAAAGAAAUAUCUUCUGCUUCCUCAGUUUUCUUAAAAGGCCAUGGAAUCUCAAGAAUUGUUAUUAAAGGAUGAGUUUCUUUAAUGAUUUCCAUCAAAGUCAAGAUAAUUUGGAGUAAGCCUAGUGCAAGGACAGCUAAUUAACUUCAUCUGUGACUAUCUGUGCUUCAAGAUAAUGACCUCUAGACAAAUAGGCCUACAGUUUGCUUUACUUCUGAUGACAGUAAUGGAGAGAAUCAAGAACAUGUCUCAUGGUUAUCUUGUUUCUGCUAUUUUCAAAGGAAAAUGUUUUUUUUGUAGGUAUAAUUGACAUGACAUUAUAUUAGUUUCAGGUAUACAUUAUGAUUUGAUAUUUGUAUAUAUUGCAAAGGAAAAUGUCUGUUUUUAAGUAUAAGCUUAAUUUGGUAUUAAUUUUGUAUAGCUCUUCCUAUUUUUCUUUCACUGGACACUGCAACACUUUUCACCAAUUUAGUCUUAUGCACCAGUGGCUUUAAUUUAAUAGAUGUCCAAUAAAUAUUUGUUGAAUGAG